ACGAAGCAGAAACAUGUCAGGACGCGGGAAAACAGGCGGCAAAGCCAGAGCGAAGGCAAAGAGCCGCUCUUCUCGGGCCGGGCUUCAGUUCCCCGUGGGUCGGGUCCACAGGCUGCUGAGGAAGGGAAACUACGCGGAGCGAGUGGGCGCCGGAGCUCCCGUGUAUCUGGCCGCCGUGCUCGAGUAUCUGACCGCUGAGAUCCUGGAGCUGGCCGGAAACGCCGCCCGCGACAACAAGAAGACCAGGAUCAUCCCCCGACAUCUGCAGCUGGCCGUCCGCAACGACGAGGAGCUCAACAAGCUGCUGGGGAGAGUCACCAUCGCUCAGGGCGGCGUGCUGCCCAACAUCCAGGCGGUGCUGCUGCCCAAGAAGACCGAGAAGGCCAAGUAAAGACCAGGAUAUUCAUUCAAAAACCAACGGCUCUUCUCAGAGCCCACACAAUGUCUGAGAGCAACGUUCUUCUUUAAUAUCUGGUUAUACAUCAAUGGGUCUAGUUUCUUUAAAUACGACUGCACCUAAAUUGGGGAAGUGUGGGUGGGGAAAAAAACAAUCCUUACAGCAAUUUUGAGCUGUGAUGGUGUUGCGAAAAUUAAACCAAUCACAGCUGGGAGGCUGUACAGCUCAAUUUGCAUAGAUGGAAUAAACAAACUAG